GCGUAUAUGCAAAACCCGUUUACCCACUGUAGGAGAACUCUCCUCUGCUCGAGAUCCAACUCCCCGCGACCCCCAGCCGUCACCGGAGCAGCAACGAGAUGCACGGCCAGCCUCGCCGGCCGAAACAGCCGGAGGACGACGCGGCGGCGGCGGCGAAGGCCGCCAAGCUCCGAGAACUCCAGGUCCAAGUCCUCCACAACCACCAUACCUGCACGUACACCGAGGAGGCGCUUGGGCUGAGCUUCAAGCUCCUCGAGAUAAACCCGGAGGCCUACACGGCGUGGAACUACAGGAAGCUCGCGCUGCAGCACAACCUCAAGGAGCUCUCUGAUCCAGAGGCCAUCAAAUCUUCUGUCGAUGCCGAGCUCAGAGUGGUGGAGCUUGCCCUGAGGCAGAACCCAAAGUCCUAUGGAGCGUGGUAUCAUCGCAAGUGGUUGCUGAAUCAGAAGCUUGCCCCUGUGGAUUUCAAGCGCGAAUACGGCCUCUUGGAUAAACUGUUAAAGGUGGAUGCGAGGAAUUUCCACGGAUGGAAUUACCGCAGGUUCCUUGCAAAAUUUAUGGGGGUGCCAGAAGAGAAAGAACUUCAGUACACAAUGGAUAAGAUCGGUGAAAAUUUCAGUAAUUACUCAGCAUGGCAUAAUCGUAGUAUACUUCUGUCCAAUCUGCUAAUCCAAAGAAGGGAAGGUUUUGAGUCAAAGCAGAAGAUCUUUUCAGAGGAGUUUGAACUUGUGAUUCAGGCACUUUUUACAGACCCUAGUGACCAAAGCGGUUGGUUCUAUCACCUCUGGCUUUUAGCUCAGACAUCUACCCCUGAUAACCCACAGCUGAUUUCAUCUUGGCCUUCUCAUGGUGCAAAGCUCAGUUUAUUUUCGGCAAGGAAAAAUGAAGACCAGAACAUGGUGUCUUCCCCGAGCUCCAUUUGUUGUUACUCUUUGAAGGAAGGGAUUAUACCCAUUGUGCUUUAUUUCAAUGAUCCCGUCAAAGGAUUAAAUCCAUCAAAUGUAAAGUUAAAUUCUGAUUUUGUGUUUGAUAAGGAUGUCCAGUGGAGGCCCCUCGCGAUAACUGACUCUGGGUAUUCUAAUUGUUGGGCCACAUAUCUUGAAAUUGCAAACGAAGAUUGUAGCACUCCACAACAAUUUUCUGUUGAAGUAAGCAUACCCUGCUCAAAUGAUAUCAUGUCAAGAAGUGGCUCUCACUGCAAUUGCCAUGUACAUUUUACGUUUACCAUUGAACUGGGCACCAAUAAUGAUGAAGCACAUGAUAUCGAUUUGUUUCAUGAUCCAAUCUCCUGGAGUAGCUCAGAAUCAUUCCAGUCUCAUGGGAAACCCAGUUGUGUCGCUUUUGAUCAGCUAAAUAUCACCAGUGCCUUGGUUCAAGAAGAGUCAAGAUGGAAUUUGGAUAGACUAUCUGAUGAAAUCGACCUUUUCAGAGAUUUACCAGAUGAGAAUAGUAAAUUUGCUAAGUUGACACUAGCACGGCUAUUGCUUGCUUGCGCUGCAAUAAAGUCCCGUGGAAGUUCUUUGAUUGAAAGGAAGGGGUACUGCGAAGAGGCGCUAGGGUUCUUCAGUGACUUGAUUAAUUUGGAUCCUUCUCAUAAAAGGUAUUAUGAAGAUGAGCGGAGCUUAGUCCUAAUGGAUCAGCUAACAUGUGACAUGGAGGCUUUCAUGAAGUACUGUUCAGUCCAAGUUAGAUCAAAUUCAGCUCCAUUAAACCAUGUGCAACUUUGCAGAUUGUCUUUAACACGCAUUGGAUUUACUGAACGCAUGUUGUGGGUUCAAAUGCUGGACCUAAGCCAUAACAAGCUCAGAUCAAUUGAAGGUUUGGAGGCCUUGCAGCAGCUUGUGUGCCUGAACAUCAGCAAUAACCAGCUCAGCAGUUUCACGUCACUCGAACCCCUGACGAAGAUUUCUUUGAAAGCGUUAGAUUUAUCUUUCAACGAGAUCGGAGCUCACCCGAUCGACACAACACGGUAUAUAUGCUCAUCUCCGUUUUCGCACAAAGUCGAACGGUGUGAAGCCUUCGAGGAGUGCCGAAAGAUAAACGUCAACGUGGAGGAGUUCUGGGACGCCAUACUCUUCUUCAAAUCCGUGAACCUGGUGCAGCUUGACAUCAAGGGAAAUGCGGUUGCCGACAAGGAUAGCUUCGCGACUGUCGUGACGACACUCAGCCCUUCUCUGAAGUGGCUCGACGGCGCAUGUAUCCAUUAGCUGUUCAUCGGAGAGUGGAAAUUGUGAUAGGAUGGGGAAAGUAAACACUGUACACUGCUAUUGUCUGAUUCAUGUAUUAUUACAGUUAAGCAGCUCUGAGAGACUAAUACAAUUAUACAAGUA